AAGCAGAUCUGGAGAUUUGCAUCUUUAAAAUGAUUGCAAAUGUCAAGAAUUUGAACCAAGAAACAAGUUCUAAUAGGACUCCUGAAUAUUGGAUUAGCAUGAAAAGUCUGUAUUUAAGAUCAAUCAAAAAGAGACCCAAAAAAGAAGCAGCUGUAUUACAAAGACAGAUUCUCCAUAAAGUGGAUUCUUCAAAGAUUCUAGGAAGAAAUUAUACAACAUUUAAAUAAAAGCUACUUUAGUUUGGAAAAAAAAAAGUCAGUCAGAGAAGGGAGUCUGUUCUUUAAAAAGCAGCUCUACUCUGAAAAGGGGGUUCCUGUAAAAUAUGGUGUCUUGGGAUUCAAAGUUUAUUGUCCCAUAACAACAAAUAUGUAAUUCACUCAGUUUAAAAGUAAAGAUGUUUUUCUAACUGCCAGCUCUGAAAAGUCAAGUUGAAAUUCAAUUCAAUUGUAUUCUUUCUGGCUUAUGGAUCAACAUCAGCAAUAAAGAUUCUGCUGGCCAAUUCUGCCUUAAGUUUCACCUGAGCAGCCCUUUUAUCAAUAAUGGGGUAGCAGAACACGGCCCUGUAUUUGGAUCUUCAUUAACUAUUUUGAUGAGGACAUAUGAUCCAGAAAAGAACUGAGCACACUGAAUAUUUCGUUUCAUAGGGAUAAGCUGCCAGAUGCUGAAACCAGCUGCCCAGAACAUUUCAGCAAAGAAGGGAACAGUUUAUAAUUCUAAGAUUGCAGGCUCUUUGGAGCAAGGAGUGUGCAUCUGUAUUUGCCGCACAGAGCGUAUCGUUAGCACAUAAUACAAAAAUAGAUAAAAGACUGCAAAGCAUUUUUUAAAAUUGUCAUUGACAAUAAAAAGCAUUAAGUUUUACAUCUACAUUUUGUUCACUGACAGAGGAAAAACGAAGAUAAAAAUAGCUACAUAAGAUGCCAGAAACAAUGUGUCAUAAGGAAAAGCUUUAUAAAAAUUAAGGAUUUUAAAAGGCACGUAUUCUAUAAUCAAAAUAAAAACUAAUAGCAUAAAGCUAUACACUGAUUGUUUGAGGGAAAUUUAAAUAAAGUCUCACUGAGGAUAUUUGUAUAAAUCCCAAACAGUACUAUACUGUAGCUGACAGGAUACACUGACAAUCAUUUUACAAGUGGAAAAUUAUUUUUAUAUGUAUUUCAAAUUUUAAAGUAUUAUGAAAGACUUUGGCUGUAUAGUUUAAGAAGGCUGAAGCAGAGGAAGCCAGAGUUAAACUGUAAAGACAUUAUUACAAAAAAGUGUAGAUUAAAAUGAAAGUCCCAAGAACACAGCAGAUAUGAACAGCAGUUGUAAAUAGGCUUUUAGGGGCAAUCAGCAAUUAAGCAAAACUGAGCUAUAGAAAUUCUACUGGAUGUUAUUUGUGUAGUCAGAGUUACAGGUUUCAUUUUGAUGGAGCCACAUCUUGAAAAAUAUGCAUACAGAGAAGAUCAGUAACUCAAUUAAAAACCUAUUUUGUGGAGCAUGCACCCCUUGCAACAAAUUUGAAUCAGCACCAACAGCAGCUCUGCAGUCCUCCGAUGUAGUGCUGAUCAGGUGGUUGCAGAGCCCCUGCUAACAGCAAUAUGAUGCAGCUGAGGAGGAAAGCACAAUCCACAGAGAGGAACUGUGGCUAUUCUCUAGAACAAGGCGACCUUUAAGCAUAAAUCUUUCAGAGAAAUGAUGCACUGAUACUGCAGAAGGAACUGUGGCAAAAUGGAAUACCAGAUAUUGAAAACACGUCCUUGUCUACUGGUCCUUCUGAUUUUUAUUCCCACUGUUCUGUGCAUUUGCCCUUCUAAGUGUACGUGCUCAGGAAACAACAGAAAUGUGGACUGUUCUGGCAGAAACUUGACUACACUGCCACAUGAAUUUCAAGACAACAUUACAUAUUUAAAUCUGUCUUUUAACCACUUUGUUAAUCUUGAUCAUCAGCUGACCCGGUUCACCAAUUUGAGGACCCUUGACAUUUCAAAUAAUUGGCUCAAGAACAUUCCUGCUCAUCUGCCCAAGUCUCUAUGGGAAAUGUACGCCAUGGGUAACAAUAUUAAAGUUCUUCAGAAACUUGAUACAGCUUACCAGUGGAAUCUUAAAGUGCUUGACAUUUCCAGGAAUAUGGUUGAAAGAGCGGUACUUAUCAACAAUACAUUGAGUAGUCUCAAAUUUCUCAAUCUCAGUAGCAACAAACUUUGGACAGUUCCAACCAAUAUGCCCUACAACAUAGAGACGGUGGAUCUAUCAAACAACUUCUUAAUACAAAUACUUCCAGGAACACUGGUGAGGCUGCUACAUCUUACAAACAUUUAUCUGCACAACAACAAGUUCACAUAUAUUCCUGACAAAGCUUUUGACUGGCUCUUUCAACUACAAGUCAUAACACUUUAUAACAACCCAUGGUCAUGCAAGGAUAAGCAAAAUAUCCCUUACUUGCUAAAGUGGGUAAAGGAAACAGCAGCCAUUGUGAUAGGGGCUCCAUGCCCCAAUCAAACUGUGUCUUGGAUUAAUGCCACACCACUUUUGACUUCUCCCUCAGUUACAGACACUAACCUCAUAGGUAAAGGAACAAAGGCAGCAGACACGAAUGGCUCUCCAAUGGCAAAUGAUCCAAUCCAAGUGACAAAAAUACGUGAACAAUUUCGAGCAAAUGAAGUUACAUUAAGUGCUAACUUAAGCCGAACUGUAUUAUUUACAGGCACAGAUAGACCAUUACUCCUCUAUCCAGAAGAUCCGACUCCUCGAAAAGUUAGUUCGCAUGAAGCAGCAGCCACACACACUAUUUACAUUAAAAAUUCAACUGAUGUGAACUCAAGCAUGAUAAGUUCAACAGGAUCAUCCACUAUUCCCAUGACCCUAAGUAUUACCAGCAAAAUGCUAACAAACUACUCUAAAAUGCCUCAACAAAGCACAACCGUUACCUUAAGGAAAGAGGAGUCCACCACAAAUAUUUUUAACACUCAUGCGCCCUCCAAAGCAAGCAUUUGUGAGGUGUAUUCAUUCUAUGUUGUAAUGCUUAAUGCAGUGGCAAUUCUGAUUGGCUAAGGGCUUGCAUUUUCUUCUGAAAAUUAACACAUUUACUCCAGCAAUAAAUAGUUGGAGCAAAACCACUCAAGUCUAAGAGUGAAUCAAAUACAAGAAAGUCAGUUUUGAAAUUUUGACUCUGCUCUAAAGAAAGUAACCAUUCUAAAAGAAAAAAGUGCACAAUUUAUGUCUUGAUACUAAGCUGCUACUUAUUUUAAUGUCGUACUGAGUAAAACUAACCUAUCAAAUGCUUUGUUUUUAUGAAAUGUGCUUAUUUUGUAUUUACAUUUUUAAUUUUCCUUGCACAAAAAUAAAACAUCGGAAUUUUAUGUAUUGGUUUUAUGUAUGUUUUUGUCAUUAAACAUCUGGAAAAAAUAAAAGGCCUGUAACAUAUCUGCUUUUUCUUGCUUGAUUUGCCAAUCAGCAAUUCUUGUCAUACAGCUGUGCUGAUCCUUUGCAAGUUAAAAUGAACUGCAAAAGAGGGUGAGGGGGAAUAAACUAAACAAAACCUG